AUGGCACACUCCUCGUUUGUCGGACGAACUCAUCCUCCUCGCAAGGUCACAUUAUACGAGAGUAGACGAGAGCGCGAGUUUUACAGAUAUUACGAGCCCAUUCGAGCGCUCACGGGAUCCGGACCACAAUUGUGUGAUCUCCACGAUGAGGCUGCCUUCAAAGCCCACAAGCCGUACUCGUCACCAGAUCCUGCAUUGACAGCAUUCUGCCAACUGGGAGCUUUACGCCUAGGCGCACGCCGUGCUAUGCUAUUCUUCUUUGACAGCAGUUAUGCUUACGUUCUUGCGGAAGCGACCAGAACCCUGUCGCUCCAGGACGACUCUGUACAUGAGAUAGAGGACAACCUUUGGCUUGGACACUCAAUCAUACCUCGAGGCUACACCAUCUGCGAGGAAACCGUAUGUCGGCUACCAGAGGAAGAUGCGGAAGACUUUGACCCCGACCGCAGUCUCAUCCAUGUGAUCAACGAUCUAGAUCAGGACAGUCAAUUCUGCGGACGACCAUAUGUAAAGGAUGGCCCGAAAGCCAAGUUCUAUGCUGGGGUGCCGAUUACCUCACCCAGAGGCAUCAACAUUGGAGCGUACUGUCUGCUGGACGACAGGACCCGAGAUGGUCUGGACGAGAAGGGCAUCGCGUUCAUGCAUGAUAUGGCCAAGACCGUCAUGACACAUCUCGAGAUGGUUCGCGCCAAGUCAGAACACGAGCGCGGCACGACUAUGGUAUCUGGCUUAGGUGCAUUCAUCGAGGGUGCUUCCAGUCUGAAGUUAUGGGAGCGCGAUACCGGCCGUCGUGACUAUCGUCGAGUCGGAGGUGCGGAAGAUACACCUGAGCGCAAGGCGUCACCAGAUGCUGCUCAGUCUGAGGCAGAAGCGCCGGAUGUGAAGUCUUCUCACCUGAAAAGCGGUAUGAAGUUCAAUGCGUCUAAGAUCAAACCUCAAUCUGGCUUUACUGCGAACAAAGCCUCUGGCGUACCGGAAGCUUUGGCCCCCCCAAGAGCUGGUCCACAUAGUGCACCCAAGGUGUCGAAAAACAGCCGGACCGCAACCGAAGACUUUCGCGAUCAAGAUGUGGCCACCAAUAUACGCACGACCUUUCAGCGCGCUGCGGACUUGAUACGUCAAUCAGUGGACGUGGACGGCGCAGUAUUCCUUGAUGCAAGCAUGAGCACAUAUUGCGGUCUGAUCGACACCGAGAGCGGCAGCGAACAGAGCUCCGAAGCAAUGUGCAGCGCCACGGAUGCCACUCUGUCGGAAGUCGAGAAUCGGAAGCGAUCGGACAGCAGAGGAUUAGAUAAGCCGUGCAGAGUCAUGGCUUCCUCCCACACUGUCAACGACAACUUUAACAACGACGGAGAGCUGCAUCUCGACAUACAAGCAGCGAAUGUGACAGAGAGGUUUCUCCGGUCGCUACUCAGACGGAACCCUCGCGGCAAAAUUUGGAACUUCAACGAGACAGGUGAUGCCUCUUCUGACGACUCUUCCUCUGAAGGCGGUACGCCGAGCAGCGAGACAGCGCCUCCAAUUCCAACAGCACUUGACGAUGAUCCAUCAGAACAAAGCUCCACCAACCGACGAGGACAGAAGCGCCGCAAUCGAAUAGAUGAUGGGCGAGAGAUACAGCGACUAUUCCCAGGUGUGCGAAGCGUGGCUUUGGUUGGUAUGUGGGAUGGAAACCGCGGAAGAUGGUUCUCUGCAUGCGCGAUCUGGACAUAUUCGCCACUUCGACUGUUCUCACGAGAGUCAGAAGUCAACUAUAUGGCUGCUUUCUGCGACAUUGUGAUGGCCGACGCUCAUCGUCUUGAAGCCCAAAAUUCGAACACAGCGAAAUCGGAUUUCAUUUCUUCAAUAUCGCACGAGCUGCGAUCUCCACUACAUGGCAUCCUGGGCAGCGUCGAAUGUCUGCAAGAUCAACCCUCAGCGGACUCUUUCAGCACAGAGCUGGUGUCACAGAUUGAGAUAUGCGGCCGAACAUUGCUGGAUAUUGUCAACCAUCUACUCGACUUCUCCAAGAUAAAUCAUCAUGUGAAAGGCUCGAAAGCGUUGGAAGACCAGCGCCAAGGUAUGCCGUCACGGCCACCCCGAAUGCCCAUGGGAGACACCAAACGAGCCCAGCUUGGCAACAUGAUGAAUAUGGAAGCAGACUGCUCACUCGACGAUGUGACUGAAGAAGUGGUCGAGACCGCCGUCUACUCAUACGCGUGCAGUAGGGAAAAGCGAUUCAUCCUGGAUCGCAAAGUGACUGUUGCUCUGGACAUCGAAAGGUCUCCACACAUCAACUGGCGGUGCAAAGUGGCUCUGGGCGGGUGGAAGAGAGUAUGCAUCAAUCUGGUCUCAAACUCACUGAAGUACACAUCCGAAGGCUUUGUGAGCAUCUCAUUAAAGACCGAGCCUGUGCCUGGCAGAAAGAAGAAGUUCAAUGCUGUUUUCCAGGUCACGGAUAGCGGUCGGGGCAUGACCAGAGACUUCCUAGAGAAUCACCUCUUCAACCCAUUUUCACAAGAGGACAGCUUAGUCGAGGGUACGGGUUUGGGCCUGAGCUUGGUGGCGAAGAUCGUGAAAGCCAUGGACGGAACUGUUGAGGUGCAAAGUGAGAAAGAGAAAGGCUCGACUAUCACGGUCACAGUUCCUAUUGACAGCUAUAAGGUCAGCCGCGAGGAGAAGGCGGCACAAUCCCACCUCACAAAGUCUUCAUAUGCGGGCAAAUCAGCUACUAUCCUCAAUUUUGGAGGCUUGCCAAGCGGGACGAGUGGCGGAAAGCUGGUUGUCGGCAAGGGUAUGCUGCGCAAGAGCAUCGAGAGCCAUUGUCGACACCUGGACCUUGAAGUCUCAGCUGACGAUCAUGAAGUCACAACUCAAGCUGAUAUCGCCUUCAUAGCCGAAGAAGACUUGGCACGUUUUGCACACGAAAUGCAAUUGGUCGCCGGAAAAUCACUACUGGACAAGCCGCUCGUUGUAGUCUGCACCUCUGCGGUCUCGCUGCGGCAGCUUCGUGUUACACAUGCUGCUAACGGUUUCAUCACGAAACAAGUCAAAUACGUUGCACAGCCGUGCGGUACGGAACAGCUUCGCAAGGUCGUCGAGAGUUGUUUAUCUGGCCCUCAAACUUCGAGCGAAACAUCCUCGACGGAAGAAGAUCGCCAGUCGACUGGAUCAAGCUCGGAUUCGUCAUCACGUACCGAUCUCUCAGAGGAAUCAGGCCUGGCCUCUGGGCAUCCACUCGCGCUCCUACAGCGCACACAAAUCCCUUUGCACCUCAAUGGUGCUGAAAUCGACAGUAUACUCUACAGUCCGCCUCCAACCUAUUCACCGAAAGCGCUCGAAGAGCAACAGAAACGCUCUCCCCUUCCCACCCCUGGAGGACAAAAUCUCGCUCCAGCAGAAGACUACCUCAGCAGUCGAUCGAGAUCAGCAGGUAAUGCCGUUGCGUCACCACCCGCGACAUCGCCCAAGCAGCCUGCUGUCCGUAAUGAGGCUCCUAGCGAGCGUCCUACUGGCAUGUCAUUGCUCUUGGUUGAUGACAAUCCAAUCAAUCUCCAGCUCCUGGUCAACUAUGCAAGAAAGCAGGGGCACCGAAAACAGAUCGCUACAGACGGCAUGCAGGCAGUUGAAAGAUACAAAGCCACGUGCUUGGGUACAGAAAGCAUUGCUGUCGCCGACAACGUAUCGAUCAAGCAUGGUGAUGUCAAUAGCGCUUCGCCGUUGGACAAGCCACAAGUCAUUCUUAUGGAUAUCAAUAUGCCAAAGAUGAAUGGCUUUGAAGCAACACGAGAAAUUCGAGCUUUCGAACAACAACACGAUUUACAGCCUGCGCAUAUCAUCGCGUUGACAGGAUUGGGCAGCGCCAGUGCACAACACGAAGCCUUCUCUUCUGGAGUGGACCUGUUCUUGACGAAGCCUGUCAGGCUGAAGGAGUUGACUAAGGUUUUGUCGGAGAUCAGAAGUUCCCAGGACGAUACUGGAUCUUCUGAGUCAUAG